UUUGUACUUUAAAAUUGUCAUGACAUGUGUACUGUUUGAAUGUAAAGGAGUAAGUAUUGUAUCAAUACUUCUUAUUAAAUUGUGGUGGCAUUAUACUAUAAAAAAACUAUUGUUAGUGUAAAACUAUUUAAAACAUCUAAUAUUCAAAUAACAUUCAUUUUUUGUAUAGAUAACCAUGGAUGGGAAAGUAAAGUGAACAAAAGCGACCCAAGAAUUUGAAUCACUUCUGAAAACGUGAUGUCACGUUCUGCAUCAACAUGAAAUGAUUAACAUCUGAGUAAUGUUGGAAAAUACAGAUGAUAAUUCACAGGGUGGACAUAUAGGAAAUUUGAACUAAAACAUCCGAUUACAAAAGUUUUUUAACAUAUACAUAUUGCUUAUAGACCAUGGCAGAAUGUAAUAGGACAAAUUACAGAAAAAGCAAUCAUAAAAGUUCAAGAAGUGAUAGGAAAAUAGAAAGUGUUAGGGAACAUGGAAAAAAAACAAAGGUAAAGCAUACUGAUUCAAGAACUCCACCUUUACCAAUCAUGGAAGACUUCAGUAUGGAAGAAUUGUUAAAAAAGAGAAAAUUAUUGUGUGCAAACUUAGAAAAAUACAAAACAUAUUCUUAUAAUGAAACGAAAAUGUUGAAAGAUGCAAAUGAAAGAAAACGAAAACAUGUAAAUGGAGAUAAACAAGAUAAUAAAAGUAAAAAAUAUAAUGCUGAUGCUAAAACAAUUAAAGAACCAUCACCAGAAUAUAAUCAAGAAGGCAUACAUAUUUCUGAAUCUGAAGAUGAGGAAUAUAUAAUUGAGCAAAGGCGUAAACAACGCAAACAACUAUUAGAUCACUUAAAUAAUUCUCAAAAUAUAAUCAAUAUAGAAGAAGACUCCAAAAUUCAAAAUACAAGCCAAGUUGAUUGUGAAAUAGAAAAUAAUGACACUGCAAACUCAAUAAAAAGUACAGGGAAGGAAAUAACAGAUAUGUUUUCAGAAAAAGAUGAAUUUCCUAAAAAUAAAGACCCUGAAGUCAUUAUUCAAGAUAAUAAUGAUAAGAAUGCUGAAUUGGCUGAUAAUUGGGAUGAUGAGGAAGGGUAUUAUAAAGCAAGAGUCGGUGACUGCAUUAACAAUAACAGAUAUACAGUUAAGUCCAUUCUAGGACAAGGUGUCUUUGCUAAUGUUGUUCGUGCACAAGACCAUACAUUUAAAGGUAAUGAAGUAGCUAUAAAAAUUAUAAGAAACAAUGAGCUUAUGCAAAAAACAGGUUUAAAGGAAAUGGCUAUAUUAAAAGAAAUCAAUGAUAAUGAUCCAGAUGAUAAAUACCAUUGUGUAAAAUUACUCAGAAACUUUAUUCACAAAGGACAUCUCUGCCUAGUAUUAGAACCAUUUUAUAUGGAUAUGCGAUCUUUAUUAAAAAAAUAUGGAAAACACAAUGGAAUUAGUCUAAAAGCUUUGAUGAUAUAUACAAGACAACUAUUUUUGGCUUUAAAAUUACUGUCCAAAAUUGGUGUUAUACACGCAGAUAUAAAACCAGAUAACAUAUUAGUAAAUGAAAAUAAAAAUGUUCUAAAAUUAUGCGAUUUUGGAUCAGCUGCCAAAGUCAAUGAAAAUGAACCAACACCCUAUCUAGUUUCGAGAUUUUAUAGAGCUCCAGAAAUUAUUUUGGGUAUUCCGUACAGCUAUGGUAUAGAUAUUUGGUCAACAGCAUGUACGGUAUAUGAAAUGGCAACAAAUAAUAUCCUUUUUACUGGAGGAUCCAACAAUAAAAUGUUGAAAUGUUUCAUGGACUUAAAGGGUAAAAUUCCUAGCAAAUUGUUAAGAAGAAGUAAAUUUAAAGAUCAACAUUUCAAUUAUAAAAACAAUUUUUUGCUCCGUAAAAAAGACAAGGUAACGGAGAGAGAAAAAGUUGUUGAAAUGAAUCACAUAGUAAUUUGCAGAGAUCUGCAGCGUGAUUUGAAGCAAUAUUUUAAAAAGCUAACAUCAAGUGAAGAGAAAAAGGUGGUACAACUGAAAGAUUUAUUAGAUAAAAUGCUCAUGUUAGAUGACAAACAAAGAUUAUCUGUAACAGAUGGUCUAAAACAUUCUUUCAUUCAAGUACAAAUUUAAAC